AUGGUCUUAGAUUUACCUCCCGAUAUCCCACCCCAUGUUCCUGUUGGUGCCAAGAUAUAUAAAGAUGAUUGCAUGUACACAUUUGAUACAGCGGAGAAUAAUGAAUUUGGUUUAGACAUUGAUUUGAAAACCUACCGUGCUUACUCGAGGAAUGAAGAGUACAACUAUACAGUACAAAAUUAUGAAGCCACAGGAAACUACCUAUACUUGAAUAUCAACAAAACUUUGAAACCCAAAGAGGAAAUUGAUAAGUUAUUGUAUGAUGAUGACGGUGAAAAAAGUUCCAAAAUUCGAAAGUUGGAAAUAAAGAAUGUCAGUGAAGAUGAUUAUUAUAACACUGAGGUCAGCUUGUAUGAUGUGAAGGAAGAUAAACUUUACCCAAGAUUUGAGCUCAGUUCUGAUUUUAACAAUCUUUUUGAGGAAAUUCUUAGUGCAAAUUCAUCCAAUGAUGACGAGGAGAUUAAGCAAUGGGAACAGGAAAUUGUCCCAUGUCCGCAUUCGAUAAACGUCGAACAAUUCGAUAUUAAUGAAACCACAGAUCUUACAAAAUGUAGUCAAUGUGAUUUAAAAGAAAAUCUAUGGAUUUGUUUGCAUUGUGGUGCAUUAGGGUGUGGAAGACAACAAUACGGAUCCACCAUGAAAGGAAAUAGCCAUGCAUUGGCCCAUUAUGAAGUGUCCCAGCACCCUGUAGCAUUAAAAUUAGGGUCAUUGUCUGGAGACUCUGACAGCUAUGAUGCGUAUUGUUAUCAAUGCAAUGAUGAGGUAAAGGUACCGAAUUUGGCAGCAAUUCUCAAGAAAUACGGCAUCGAUUUAGAAAAGACCAAAAAGACUGAGAAAUCACUCGUGGAACUUAAUAUUGAUCAAAAUUUGAAUUGGGACUUUAAGUUGGAUGGGGCUAGUGGUGACAAAUUACCACCCGUAUACGGUAAAGGUUUGACUGGGUUGAAGAAUCUAGGCAACUCGUGUUACAUGAAUUCUGUCCUUCAAGUAUUGUUUGACUUGGAUCUGUACAAAAUUUUUUUCAAAGAUUUAAAACCUGAUACGGGUGUUAAUCCAGCUGAAGAUUUGUCGAAUCAAUUGCUCAAGAUUCAUGACGGAUUGUACAGUGGUAGAUACUCUGUACCCAGUCCUCUCAAAGGAGAGGAAUACCAGCUAGGUAUCAAACCUUUUGCUUUCAAGAAUCUCAUUGGACAGAAUCACGCCGAAUUCAAGACACAGAGACAGCAAGAUGCCUAUGAGUUUCUUCUCUACCUUUUAGACAAGCUUGACAAUGAAUUUGGUCUAAGGUUGAACCAGGAUUUGAACUUUAUCUACACAGAAAAGGUCAUCUGUGACAACUGCAAACAUGGCUCAUUGAAAAGCGAGUUGUUGGAUAACAUUUCCAUUCCAUUGGAAGAGACGUUGUUGAAGACUGAAGGGGGCGAAAGAGUUUACAAAGAGGUAGAUUUGCAAGAUAGCUUCAAGAAGGUCGUGGGUCCAGAGCUGAUACCAGAAUACAAUUGUGAUAACUGUCACUUUAAACCCGGGGUUGCUUUGAAGUCAGGUGGAUUCACUUCGUUUCCAAAGUAUCUUAUUGUGAGCGCACAGCGAAUCAAAUUGGAGAAUUGGACACCUGCAAAAAUUGAUGUCCCUGUUAAGAUACCGUAUGAAUUGGACCUUUCAGAGUUCUUAACUCCCUCUUUCCAAGACGGGGAAGUAGAAGAUUCGACAUCCAAUUCGGUUGAUGAGACAGAGACUUUCACCCCAAAUGCUGAACAAUUGAAUACACUUUUAGGAAUGGGUUUUCCAGAACCAAGAUCAAUCAAGGCUUUAUACAAGACAGGUAACAAUAAUGCAGAAGCUGCCAUGAACUGGCUUUUUGAGCAUAUGGAAGAUGCCGAUAUUGACGAGCCACUAGAUCUCAAUAACGAGACUACUACUACCCAAAACGAACCUUCGGAAGAGGUCAUUAAUAAUCUCGUCGCAAUGGGGUUCUCGCAUCAAUUAUCGAGAAAAGCAUUAUAUUUGAAUAACAGUGAUGCUAAUGCAGCUGUGGAAUGGUUGUUUUCAAACCCUGAUGAUGAUGGUGUGAUUAAUGUAAUUGAAAAGCCACCUGUCAACUUGAACAAAGAGAAACAAGAGUUGGUAGAAAGGUUGAAAAGUCAUCCUGGUUCCUCGGGUCAGUACAAAUUAAAGUCAGUGAUUUGUCACAAGGGCUCGUCUUCACAUACCGGUCACUAUGUUGCAUUUGUUAGAAAAAUUGUCCAUGGUGAAUUGAAAUGGGUGUUGUUCAACGAUGAGAAAGUUGUCCUUUGUCAAGAAGAGAGCUUGAAAGAGAUUGAAAAGAACGCGUAUAUCUAUAUAUUUGAGCAAGUUUGA